AAGUGGUGCAGAAACAGAAGGAGGAGCACAGUGCACCAGAAGAAAAAAUAAAAAAAUGCGACAUGAAGACUUCGAUUAUGAGUAAGGUACACUGUAAACCCGAACACUACUACUAACUCAAAAGUAUUGUGAAACAACAAUCAAAAUCCGCUAUCAAGUCAACCCAACUUUAAGUUACUAAGUGUUCCGAAGGAGGAAUGCAGUUAUAAUUUUGUGCUACUUAAAUUGUCUGAGUGAUCAUCACGAUCUUACUCAAAAUCUUUGAAUGCACGGAGGCGUGCAACGUAAUGACGUCAGUGCGUCAUUACGUUGGCGGGACCGAACGAGGCAAAAUCAAACCAACAUGGCGGUCGUGAAGCGAGGGGAGUGUAUCGACUGCUGAAGUUAAGAAAACUUGCUGGUCUGUCCCUGUCCGCAAGUCUGUCCUUGUUGGCUGAAAUCUGUCCCCUCCUGUCCCUAUCAGCUGAAGUUGGUACCCAGCACAAGGCAUUCUUAGCAAACAAGGCAAGUCUGUCCUGUCGGCUGAAGUCUGUCCCUAUCGGCUGGUCUGUCCCUGUCGGCUGAAAUCUGUGCCUGUCGGCUGAAAUCUGUGCCUGUCGGCUGAAGUCUGUCCCUGUCGGCGGAAGUCUGUCCCUGUCGGCGGAAGUCUGUCCCUGUCGGCUGAAAUCUGUCCCUGUCGGCUGAAGUCUGUCCCAUGCCGGCUGAAGUUGGUACCCAGCACAAGACAUCCUUGGCAAACAAGGAUCAAACACCUGAGACCAGUGAAGAGCACUGAGAGCAGUUAAUGGCACAGAACCUCUAUGCUGAUGGCCAUGCCCCCAAAGUACCUUCUUCGUGUCUACAUAGCCACUGAUGUGGCUGUGAAAGUGACUUUGAAUGAGAGGCCAACAUCAGUUGAUGAGCUCAUCGGCAUCUUGAAAGACAAAGUUAACCCGAGGCUGGACUUUGAAUUCACGUUACAGUAUGAGGAUCCGGACUUCGGAGGAGAGCUCUGCUGUUUGGUUGAUGUAGAAGACCUGCCAGAGAAGGGCACGCUUAGAGUUGUUAGAUCAGAAAGUGAUCUAAGUUCAUGUGCUAGUUCAGACACAGAUAUCCUGCCUCAUGUGCCUGUAAGCCAACGGCAAAAAACAUGGCCUGAUGUUUUCCCUGUCCCAACUUUUUCGUAUGAAGUUGAACAUGUCUUGCAAGAGGGGAACAGUGUUUUUGAGAGCUCUGGAAAGAAUCUAAAAUUAAGCAGAGCACAAAAACACAACAUUCUAGAGAACAUGGCCUCCUUAAUGUACUCUUUUAAACCGUACCCAAGCGACAGGGAUGUAGGCAUGGCAGCUGAAGCCCUGAUUAAUGCUCACCCAUGUCUGAAAGAGCCGGGGAGUGCGAGCGGGUGGUACGGAUGGAAAAUUAGCCUGAAAUUUAAAAUGGGCAAUUAUCGUACUAGGCUGGCAAGAUCUGGAUGCAAGGAGGUGUCCGUAAAUACAGGGAAAAGAAGCAGGAAUAAUCCUGAGAAAGCACAUCCCCACUCGAACAUUAAAAAAGCCAGAAGGGCUGAAGUAAACUUUCUACCAAACUUCCCAAGAGGACAAAACGAGGACAGUUUGGAGGAAAUGAGAAUAGAGAUGAAAGCUGAAGUUGAUAGAGCCGACAGAAACCUACAAUCAAUAGAGAAACUCAUGCAGACAACAUUUGCACUUCGUCGUCAGGAAAUUGUUCAGGGAGACCCAUUGGUGAAGGACUUUCUGGAGAGAUGGCCUGCCCUUCAGGUCCAAUCACAGGUCUGUGCUGAGUUCCACAGGAUCACCAAUGUAAAUUUACGGAACCAGUUUUAUUCUGAACUAGAUCGGCACAUUCCACAGCUCAUAGAACUUUACAGACAGAAGGCAGCUCGUACUGGCAGGGUGGCAGGAGCACUGCGAGACAUCCUACAGUAUUAUGAAACUGAGGAUGUGCACGAUAUCAACAUGAAACGCACUGUGGCCCUUCGUGCUCUCUCAGUAUACCUGCGGGAAGAGGACACACAGUUUUUCAAGACUUGGAACACUGAGGAAUCAGAGGAGCCAGACAUCGGGGACACACCCAUUGCCAUUGUCACGAUGGUCAGAGAAAGAAGUGCAUCUCCUGUUCACUUCAGUCCCGUAUCCACAGCCAUUGUGGUGGAAGAUGAAUUCAUCAUCAGGGACAUUGCCACGUUUGCCGAUGCAUAUGUGUUACUGUUUGGCCUGGUGUAUGUUCUGCAUUUGGACUACCCAAAGAAGCUACUUGGCACCUUCACCUUCAUACAAAAGGUUGUAAUGGGGUUGGAUGAUGGUGCACCCCUGAAACCUGCUCUGCUCGCUUUGAAAAAUGACCUGCUUACAAAGUAGACGUUAUCUGUAUGAUGUAGCAUUUUUUUGUUAGAUUUAUUUAAGAUGUGCCUGUUGUCCUCCUGGGUCAAACUGACCCAAUCUGUUUCAAAUGGUCCUUCUUUCCUCCCUUCCUUCUGUCUCUCCAUCCCUCCUUUCCUUGCUUUGUUCCUCCCUUCCUUCUUUCCCUCCUUUCUCCCCUCUUCUAACAUCAUUUCCUUUCCUUCUUCCUUCCUAGACCCAAUCUGUUUUCUGUCUGUCUGUCUGUCUGUCUUUCUUUCUUUCUUUUUUCUUUCUUUCUUUCUUUCUCCCUCCCUUCUUUCCCUAAGUCUUUUUUCCUUCUUCCUCCCUAGACCCAAUCUGUUCACUUUGCCCAUCCUUCUUUCCUUCCUUUCUCCCUUCCUUCUUCCCACCAUCCUUUUCACUUCUUACCUCCCUUCUUUCCCUACAUUCUUCUUCCUGCCAUGAUCCAAUCUGUUCCCUUCCUCCAUCUUUCUUUUCUUCCUUCCUUGACCCAGGAGGACAACAAGAGGGUUAUUCAACAGGUUGUUUUUUCUGCUUAUGCAGAUAUACACUAAAUUCCAAAAAUGCACCACGGUGAGUGCAGGAGAAAAACAAGUCACCAAAAGGGUGUGUUUAAUUCAUUUACCUGGAGAAACGGUGUUUUUGUUGGCCUUUCUUUUCAAAAGGCAUAGAUUUUAAAUCUAUAAAUUUCCUUUUUGGUUUGAUUUAUUUUUUAUUCAUGUGCAAUGACUUGACUUUAUUUUUGGAUUUACUUUUUUUAUCUGAUAUCCUGAUAUUUACUUUUUGGUUAUUUAUUUAAUUUAUUUUUUAUUCAUUUCAAAUUAUUUAUUUCCUUGAAUGGCCAUAGAUGUAAAAUAACUUGAAGAUACUGUUUUGAAAGGCCAUACCUUUACACUGAGCACAAGUUCCCAAUGCUUUUAUACAAACAUUUGAACAUUUGCAGUGAUUUACACAUAACCAUACAAAUCUGUUUUUAUAUAAUGUAUGUGUGGAUGUAUAUAUGUUGACAGUUCAUGAUAUGCAAACGGGGUGUGUUUACAUUUUCAGAUGUUGUUGGCCAGUCUUUACAAGUUGCCCAUGGAUACAGAUGUGUGUUUAUUCAAAGUGGU